GUGGACUUCAAGUUGAUAAAAACGUUUCUUCAAUGGAUAUAAACGCACACGUUUAACUUGCUGUGACGCCAGUGGAUGGAUUUCUGAGUAUCCAAGUGACCAAUCAAGGACGUCCCCUGGUGUGGUUGCUUCGUCAAUGGCACUUCCGACUUCACCAGGUCACUCAAGCGCGAUGCAGCUCAUCAUCAAGGCCGCCACCGCCGCGCUCUGUGCGAUGAUGUUGGCGACCAUGGCCAGUGCUGCCAACGAAACGCUUACGGCGCACAAGAUCGAGUCCCUGCCUGGGUACAACGACGACAAACCCAUCAACUUUGACCAGUACGCAGGGUACUUGGUGCUGCCGAGCACGGGCCAAAAGAUGUUUUACUGGUUUGUCGAGUCGGAAUCGAACCCACAGCUCGACCCAGUGGUGUUGUGGCUCAACGGUGGCCCUGGUUGCUCGUCUCUCGGCGGGUUCUUCACCGAGCUCGGGCCAUUCGUCGUCGAGAGCGACCUCAGCGUCAAGCGCAACCCGUAUGCGUGGAACCGCAAGGCGAACAUGCUGUUCCUGGAGAGCCCCGCCGGCGUCGGCUUCUCGUCGCCGCUUCUGAACGAGACCGACUACAACGACGUGACCACGGCCGCGCGCGCGCACGAGUUCCUCGAGCUCUGGUUUGCAUCGUACUCGUCGUUCAAGAACCGGCACUUCUACGUCACGGGCGAAAGCUACGCUGGGCAGUACAUUCCGUACCUGGUGCACAAGCUGAUCAAGGAACCCCUCGACGGUGUCUCGCUCGUGGGCUUGGCCAUCGGCAACCCCGUCACAGACGACACCAUCGACGGCAACGCGUACAUGGACUACUACUACUCGCACGGGAUGAUCUCGCUGGAAACGUACGAAGACAUGACGGCCAAGUGCAAGGACCAGAUUGGCGUCUACGCCGGCCUGUACGCGUCCUCUCCGUGCCUCCGCGACCCCAACGUGACCUGCUCCAACCCGUGCGAGGCCGCCGUCCGCGAGGCCAUCAUCUCUGCCGACCCUGACGACCAGGACCCGUACUACAUCUACGGCGACAUCUGCCUCAUCGAGAACGACCAGAUCGGCGCCUUGCAGUACCGCGAGUCUGCCGCGCUGCCGCGCCGCCCGCAUACGCCAUGCGCGGCCGAGUUCACGACGGCGUACCUUAACCUACCGGCAGUCCGGGAUGCCAUCCACGUGCAUGCGACGGUGCCGGCGGCGUGGGGCAACUGCAACGACGCCGUGAGUCGGUCUUACCACCGCAGCACGUCCAGCUUGCCGCUGUAUCCAGAUAUUCUCGCCACUGACCUCAAGACACUCAUCUUUAGCGGAGACGCCGAUUCGAUUGUUAACUUUAUCGGGACAGAACGCUGGCUUGGCGCGCAAGGGUUGCGCCUAAAAGUGGUCGACAAGUGGCAGGCCUGGUUUGGCCCUGACAAGCAGCUGGCUGGGUACACCCAAAAGUACGACGGGCUCACGUUUUCAACGGUCAAAGGCGCUGGCCACCUCGUCCCGGCCACGAAACCGCUGCACGGGCUGUACCUGUUUGAGUGCUUUUUGUAUGGCAAGGAGCUGUGUGCAGCCUUUGACUACCCCACCGACAACUUGGAGUACCUCAGUGGAAUCGUCACGAGUUCUGGAAACGACAAGAGUGACGUGGCAGCAUCGGGACAGCCCAAUGGAGCGUGGGCGGUGGCGUUCGUGGCACUCGGCGUGGGCUUGACCGUCUUGGGCAGCAUCGGAUACAAACGCUUUGUGAACCGGGGGCGUCAAGGUGAAGCGUACUCGACCUUGAACAAGCAACCAGUCCCGACCUACUCGGACUAAGCAACCUGGAAUGGAUUGAGUUGCAUGUGUACUACAUUCAUUCAUCUAUGUUCGCCAACUACUACUACACCUUUUUUCUAUUGACUUGGGACUUUUUUCAACGUUCUUGGCUUGGCGCUCAUUCGAAAGGGCGAUGUGUCCAUUCAUUUGGCCUUGUGGCCAAUAGAAUUGACACUUAGUGCCGCAACACCCUUUGAAAUGUACCAUACUACCAAUGGAAAAGGCUCCAUUACCCAGCAAUGUCCCAAGUAGCAUUUCGAAUCUGCCGUG